AUGGUCUCAGUGGAUAUUCAGGAGGCAGAAAGACAGACCUCAGAAAUGAGAAAGACAGUUCAGAGUCUUCGAUCCCAGUUGGUCAAUGAAAGACGCAAUCUCGAGUACACAAAGAGCCUACUGGUGGACAGUGAGGCGACGGUUGAACGUCUCAGUGCCCAGGCCACGAUUCUUAAAGCAGAAAUUCGUCGCCACGAGCGCAAUGCAGAGCGCGAGCGCCAUCUAGGCGACCACAACACCAACAGUGACGAUACUUCAAACAGCCUAGACGCUGCGCCGGCCGGUGAGACACGUACGGAGUAUCUGAAGAAUGUGUUGCUUCGCUUUCUCUGCGCUGACCCGUCUCUUGGCGGUGGUGGUGCCAGUGGAGCGUCGGAGCGCAAUGCUCUUGUCCCGGUUCUUGCCACGCUGUUGGCACUCAGCCCGACGGAGCGCGCUGCACUGCAACAGGUGGCGGAGACGGGCCUACUUCGUGCCUCCACAGUUACUGCUGAAGAUGGAGCUAGUGGAGAGGAGGGCUCCUCCUGGAGUAGUUUUUUACCUUCUUGGCUUGGUGGUUGA